CCCCUCCUCUUCGCAUUUUGAGGUUUAUGCUAUAACUGAAGAGAACGCCAACAAUGUUUCUGAGUUUCUGCCUCUUGGUGACAUUUAUCUUGGGGCUGUCCGGCUGCUUGGGCUCAUACGUGCCGUGCGAGCCCUGUGACCAGAAGGCGCUGUCCAUGUGCCCGCCGGUCCCGGUCGGCUGCCAGCUGGUCAAGGAGCCCGGCUGCGGCUGCUGCCUCACAUGCGCCCUGUCUGAGGGACAGGCGUGCGGCGUUUACACCGGGACGUGCACCCAGGGCCUCCGGUGCCUGCCGAGGAGCGGGGAGGAGAAACCCCUGCACGCCCUUCUCCACGGCAGGGGAGUGUGCACCAACGAGAAAGGAUACAAACCUUCCCACUCGCCCAUAGAUCGUGAGUCUCGAGAACAUGAGGACACCAUUACCACAGAGAUUACAGAGGAUCUGCAGCAAGCUAAAGUGCCACUCCUUCCCAAAGACAUUGUGAACAGUAAAAAAGUCCAUGCGCUGCGGAAGGAGCAGAAGAGGAAGCUUGGCAAGCAGCGCUCCAUGGGCUCAGCCUUGGACUACUCCCCUUUGCCAAUUGACAAGCAUGAGCCUGAAUUUGGUCCAUGCAGGAGAAAACUGGAUGGGAUCAUUCAGGGAAUGAAGGACACAUCUCGUGUAAUGGCUCUGUCUUUGUACCUUCCAAACUGUGACAGAAAAGGAUUCUUCAAGCGCAAGCAGUGCAAGCCAUCUCGCGGCCGCAAACGAGGCAUCUGCUGGUGUGUGGACAAGUAUGGCGUUCAGCUCCCCGGCACAGACUACAGCGGCGGGGACAUUCAAUGUAAAGACCUGGAGAACAGCAACAACAACGAGUGAAAAGGGACGACCACCCUUGAGCCCCCACCCUCCCACCCCACCCAUAACCACCACGUGACCCAGGGCCCACGCCUCCUGUCUGAAUCACAUCUGUAUGCUCCGCCCUCCAUUGGCUUCAAGAUUUUUGUUUUGUCUUUUCAAAUUGAGAAAAAAAAAGGAAGAAAAAAAAAAUCCAAACGAAAGACCAGGCUGAAAAAAAGACACCUGUAUUUUUUUUCUUUUCUUUUUUGUUGUUGACCAAGCACUCUUCAAAUGAGGGGAAAGUCCCAGAAGAUUUACUAGAUCCCUUGACUAUUGCUCAUGGGACCCCUUGUAUGAGGCGGGUCCCCUGGCUGCAGAUCCAUGAAAAUAUAUGCACACAAUGGAUAUAACUUUUAUAGAAGCUGGGGGGUUUCAAUACUUCACUUUGUAUGAUGCAAAUUUAACACAAAAUCAAUGUGAAGAAAAAUCCUAAAUAAUCAGGCACAUUGAUUGAAACCAUCAGUUUUAGUCUGUGGAACAUGAUGCCACUGUGGAACGGUUUAUUGGCAUAGUAAUUUGGUUUUUUUGUCUGUUUUCCAAAAGAAAAAAAAAAGAAACAAUAGAUAGGGAUAUGCUGUAACAGUUGACUCUAUCUGGAUAUGUGGUUCUGACAGAGCACUUAAGAAUAGGGGAACCUGCUUAGAUAUGUGUACCUUCACAAAAUGAUGCGUGCAUGAAUGGGUGUAUGUGUACAGUGCGUGUGUGUGGUAUGUAUCCGCCUGUGUUGGUGUAUGAUGGAGCCUAUUACAAAAAGAAUGUCCUUUUUUUUUUUCUUUCUCUUUUGUUUGAUUUUUGUCACAAGUAUUGCUGGCGCUUGAAGUGGUCUUUGGGCUGGCCUUCUCUAUAACCAAUGUAAAGUAUGUCUCGGGACACGGAGCGUUUGGAAACAAAAAGAGUAAGCGGAUCGUCACAGAUGAACCUAUGUAAGUGGCUCUUCGACAAUGUAGCUAGCCUGAUAUGCCAACUGUGCCUAUUUAAACAGACACUGCCAUGCGGGGCGACACAGAGCUUAGAGAGCGCUGCCCCUACUGGUGAAAUAAAGUGUUUUCAGCUUCAGCAAUGGGACUCAAGUUUCACUUCGAUCUUUCGAGUUGAGUGCAUAAUCAAACUUGCCAGUCGGGCCAGUUGCCUCUCUGAUUCAGUUGUGUGAAGUGUAGUUUUGUAUGGUUUUGUUUGCGCUGUUUUCUUUGCCUUCAGUGAAGUAAAGACCGCCCACUUUUGAGCCAUGUUCCUUUAUCAAGUGGUUUCCCCUCAGUACUGCUACUACAGUGUAACCAUGGUGUAUUACAUUACUUUUAAAUAUAGUUAUUGAAUGUUGUUUUGCCUGUAGAAACAUAGUAUGACAACAAUGUAAUUGUGCUUGGGAAAAGAAGAAAAAAAAACGAUUUUAGCCUGUAAAGAAUUAGGUCCUUGUAGCCUGUCAGGAGAAUGACCGAGUGUCAUUAGGCUACAGGUCAGUCAAAGAAGCUAACCCUCUGGAAGCCUUCUGCUUACAUGCCUCCAUGAAAAGGUUUUACAUCUAAAGGGAGCAUGAUCAAAACAAAAAGGUUACAGGUUAUAACAGGGUCAUUUAAGUUGAGUUCUUCUCUCUGUGUGCAAGUCACAGUGCCUUCCUACAUUACAAUUACAUUUAAACAGUGACGUGAAAGUGACAUGGAUACCAAACUGGGCAAUUUUCCUUUUUCCGACAGCCCCAACCCCCCAAAAAAUUCAAGAGAGGUCUUGGUUUAGUUCUGAUUAAGAUAGGAACAAUGAUCGCAAUGGUCCUGUAAAGGGUGUUAGCAAAAUUUAUUUGUAAUCUUCGCCUGAACCUCGGGGGAAUUCUGGACUUUAAGAAUGAUGUGUGAGGAGCUGCUGCGCAACCGCAGCCAGUGAGACCUCCCUCCUCUUUCUUUGACAAACGAUAAGCUACGAUUCUUGCUUUUUCACUUGAAUGCCAAUGUAUAUCAUUGCCAGCGAGGGGAAGCCAAAGGAUGUUUGGUGGUCAAUCAAUCAUUUCCUUCCAAAAGAGAAGUGAUGAUGGUGCAUCCUAAAUGGCUUCCGGUUGUGAAUAUAUUAUCAAGGCUCCUUGCCCCACUUCCAACACCAAAUCCCCACUACCACUUUCGAAAAAAAUAAAGCAGCUUGCACUUAUUUCAGUUACUCACUAUUGAUAUUGACACACAACGACGUCCUAAGAUGUGGUAUCAUGAAGUUGGUGGAACAAGAAAAAAAGACAAAAAAAAAACAGCCACAAAAGCUAAAUGUUGUGUUAUCUUGUGCUUACCUUUUAAAGGUGGUGCUUCGAGGUUAUAUUUGUCGACAGGGGCUGUGCAGCCCAUGCCUGGGACCUCCAAUACAGCAACAUCCUUUAGGGAGAAAUAGAUUUAAAAGUAACACGCAGCUAGAGAUGUUCUCAUGGCCAAUUGCACAGAGAUGAGAGUUGAGAUGGAGAGAGGAGAUAAGAGAGACGGAGGGGAAAUGAGAGAGGACGAGUGAGCGCCGUGGGCAGUGGUCAUAAUCAGGGCCUAGCCACUUCCCCGAUAUGGGGUCACCAAUUGCAUGACAUUAGAUACAGUUAGCAAGACAGUCACCAGGAGUCAUGGAAAUCUGGGGAAUGCAAUACAGAAACCAAGAAUAGAGUAUCACUUUCAUUUGAUACUCUUGUGUCAAAAAUGUCUGAUAUCUGGGACCAUUCACUGUCUGGGUCAAUCAACUAUGUGAAUACUUCAAUGUUCCAGGUAUUUGCUUCUUUUGUUUGGAUUGCAGGUUGAGGUUCAGGCUUAAAAAAGAAUAGUCUCUACUAGUGUCGGUGACUUCCUGUUCGCCGCGCCUGUUUGCGAGUUCCGACUUCCUCAGGUUUCACAUCUCCUACUUGGUUUAAACUCAUAUUCACAUUUCAUACUUCAGUAGUACAGUAACGACAGUACAGCUUUGUUUUCUGAGUACAUAACACUUUCUGGAUGUAAUGAGUCAAUACAAUUGGUUUUCAUAAUUUGGUGUUCACUGGCUUGUGAAAUGGACCCAUCGGUGGCAGGAGGAUAGUGGGAAAUAAAAUGGUCAGUAUUUGGAACUGCAUAAAAACAGAUAAGAUAAAAAAAGACAAAAAAUCUCAAAUUAUUAAAGUGAAUAUCACUGUGUAAUAUUUAUUCAACUUGUAAUUUAUGUACUCUUUUUAACCUUUGUCUUUUUUUUGUUAUGACAAAGCAUUUAUUUAAAUAAAGUUAUGUAUUCAUUUAA